AUGGCUUUCAACUUUGGGGCUCCUGCGGGCACCUCCGGCACCGCUGCAGCCACUGCGGCGCCCGCGGCAUUCGGUGGGCUUGAGACCGCCAACUCCACCGCCAGUGGGUUUAAUUUUGGGGGUUUCGGACUAACCGCUAAUCCCGCGGUGAACUUUAACAUUGGGAACUUCGGCGUUGCGACGACCUCGGCGACGCCGUUCAGUUUUGGGAACAGCCUGGCGAGCGCAGGUGGGUUUGGAGGAUUUGGGACAACAACUACAACAGCAGGCUCUGCAUUCAGCUUUUCGGCUCCAGCUAACACAGGAACUACUGGACUCUUUGGUGGUACUCAGAACAAAGGUUUUGGCUUUGGUACUGGUUUUGGCACAACAACUGGAAGUAGUACUGGCUUAGGUACUGGUUUGGGAACUGGACUGGGAUUUGGAGGAUUUAAUACACAGCAGCAGCCACAGCAGACCACAUUAGGUGGUCUCUUCAGUCAACCCACACAAGCGCCUACACAGUCCAACCAACUGAUAAAUACUGCAAGUGCUCUUUCUGCUCCAACGCUAUUAGGGGAUGAGAGGGAUGCUAUUUUAGCAAAAUGGAAUCAACUACAGGCCUUCUGGGGAACAGGAAAAGGAUAUUUCAACAAUAACAUUCCACCAGUGGAGUUCACACAAGAAAAUCCCUUUUGCCGAUUUAAGGCAGUAGGAUAUAGUUGUAUGCCCAAUAAUAAAGAUGAAGAUGGGCUGGUGGUUUUAGUUUUCAACAAAAAAGAAACAGAUAUUCGAAGCCAACAACAGCAGUUGGUAGAAUCAUUGCAUAAAGUUUUGGGAGGAAACCAGACCCUUACUGUAAAUGUAGAGGGUAUUAAAACAUUGCCAGAUGAUCAGACAGAAGUCGUCAUCUAUGUUGUUGAGCGUUCUCCAAAUGGUACUUCUAGAAGAGUUCCGGCUACAACACUAUACGCCCAUUUUGAACAAACGAAUAUAAAAACACAGUUGCAGCAACUUGGAGUAACCCUUUCUAUGACUAGAACUGAACUUUCUCCUGCGCAAAUCAAACAACUCUUACAGAAUCCUCCUGCUGGUGUCGAUCCUAUUAUCUGGGAACAAGCGAAGGUGGACAACCCGGAUUCAGAAAAGUUAAUUCCUGUACCCAUGGUGGGUUUCAAAGAACUUCUUCGAAGACUGAAGGUUCAAGACCAGAUGACUAAGCAGCAUCAGACCAGAUUAGAUAUCAUAUCUGAAGAUAUCAGUGAAUUACAGAAGAAUCAAACUACAACUAUGGCCAAAAUUGCACAAUAUAAGAGGAAACUCAUGGACCUUUCCCACAGAACCUUACAGGUCCUGAUCAAACAGGAAAUCCAGAGGAAGAGUGGGUACGCCAUCCAGGCAGACGAGGAGCAGUUGCGAGUUCAGCUGGACACAAUUCAGUGUGAACUGAACGCACCCACCCAGUUUAAGGGCCGACUAAAUGAACUGAUGUCCCAAAUCAGGAUGCAGAAUCAUUUUGGCGCAGUCAAAUCUGAGGAGAGGUACUACAUAGAUGCAGAUCUGCUACGAGAAAUCAAGCAGCAUUUAAAACAACAACAGGAAGGCCUCAGCCACCUGAUCAGCAUCAUAAAAGAUGACUUAGAAGACAUCAAGUUGGUAGAACACGGAUUGAACGAAACCAUCCACAUCAGAGGUGGGGGCUUUAGCUGACACUGCACCGAGCUCCGCUAGCGGCUUGUGAAACUCUCCUCGGCUACAUCAGACCUUCCUUAGGAAUGAGACUGACCACACGGAGGGGAAGAAAGGAAAACCGUCCUCUCCUGGCUUUUGAGGAGGUUACUGACGAUUUAGAUCUGAAAUGACACCGCUUCACAGCUCUUCAGAGAGAGCCUCUGGCAGAUUUACGCCUGAAAGCUGUGCUCCACUAUAAAAGAGAAGUACGUGAUCACUAAAGAGAAGUACUGUUGUGCAUUUUGACAACAGCAUUGUCCUUAAAACUGAUCAGUGUUUAAUGAUUAUUUUCCAUUGAGCCUUUACUCUGCUUUCCAUAGCAAGUAGAUACAAAACACCUGCUUUGCACAUAACAUAAACUACACAACCACUUGGCUGUUGGAGCUUUGUACUUCAGAAUGUAAAUGUACAUCAGUUUUUAUAUAUUUGUGAAUUCAUCCGUGGGAGGAGUAAAGGAAAUCGAAGAGUAUUUAAUGAUUAAUGUGGUUUUUUUUUUUCAUUCUAUAAAGAGUUGAAAAUAUAUUUUUAUAUUAUUUUACUUGAAAUUUACAGAACACAUUUAAGUGAUUAGGAUAUAGCAAAAUUACAUUUUAUCAUUUUUGCAACUUUUUUGGUUUUUUUAGGCCUUUUUAUUUCUAAAGAUGAAAACGGAAAUAAAUUCUUGAUUGUACUUACUUUUAUGU